AUGGCUAUCGAACAUCGGUCUCACAGUGACUACACCGUGGGGUGGGUCUGCGCUCUCCCCAAGGAGUUAAUUGCAGCAGCGGCAAUGCUUGACGAAACACACGAAGGCCUCCCCAGGCAACCCAAUGACCAUAACUACUAUACCCUCGGGCGUGUUGGCGUGCACAACGUUGCAAUUGCAUGUCUGCCAAAAGGCGAAAUCGGAACCGAAAAUGCCGCAGUAGUCGCAACUCGGAUGGUUUCUACUUUCCCAUGCAUUAAAUUUGGGCUGAUGGUUGGUAUCGGCGCUGGAGUACCGAGAACUGUGAGACUGGGCGAUGUGGUGGUCAGCACGCCCACCGACGAGUUUGGGGGUGUCGUACAGUGGGAUUAUGGGAAAGCGCAAGAAGGCGGUUUCAAGCGCACCGGAUCAUUGAAUCGCCCUCCUGCGGAACUGCUCUCUGCGUUGACGAGCAUUGAGAAGGAGCAUAUGAUGAAAGGCUCGAAGAUACCCACGUUCCUCAGGAAUCUUGAAACCAAUUGGCCCAAACUUGUGCCGAAGUAUAUCAGAUCUGAGAGGUUGAAAGAUGUGCUCUUCAAAGUGGACUGCGAACAUAUUACGAAUAUGGAUACAAAUGACAACGACGAAAUGGAAGAAGACGAUGAGGAGCAAGAAAGGAAUGAUUGUAUUCAUUGUGAUCAGACCAAGAUCGUCCGCCGAAAGCCGCGAGACAUGCGCAUUCAUUACGGCCUGAUUGCGUCUGGCAACCAAGUGAUCAAAAAUGCAAAGGUCCGAGAUGAUGUCAACAAGAGACUAGGCGGCAAAGUGCUGUGCUUUGAAAUGGAGGCGGCAGGGCUAAUGAAUGACUUUCCAUGCCUUGUUAUCCGAGGGAUCUGCGACUAUGCAGACGCGCAUAAGAAUAAGGACUGGCAGGAACACGCAGCAGCUGUUGCCGCGGCAUUUGCUAAAGAGCUUCUCCUGUUAGUACAUGCGCAGGAGGUGGAGCAAAUGCAUUCAAUCAAACAGUUGCAAAGCCGACUCGAAGAAGUAUCGAUUGCCGUGAGUGACAUUCGCUUCCAUCAACAAGACCACCAACGAAACCAAGUAUAUCAAACCAUUAUCGAUUGGCUUACACCAGUCAAUUAUGCUACCGACCAAAGCCUUUUUAUCACUCAACAUCGACAAGGCACUGGGGAGUGGUUUCUAAGAUCAUGUAAAUUUAGGCAUUGGCUCAAACAGGCCAACUGGACUCUGUUCAGUCCCGGAAUGCCAGGAGCAGGUAAGACAAUAAUCACAUCUAUUGUUGUCAAGCAUAUCCUAGACCAAUUUCACGAUGAUCCCUCUGUUUCCAUCGCUUAUAUGUACUGCGACUCUCGGCGGCAGCACGAGCAGCGAGCACUUGAUCUGAUGAUCAACCUACUAAAGCAAUUGGUCAUGAAACAAUCUUCUGUACCCGCAGCUGUGAAAGACCUUCAUGACAAGCAUAAGAAAAAACAAAGUCGUCCGUUACUGGAUGAAAUCCGAAGAGUGAUUCAUCAAGUUAUGCAUGCCUAUUCGCGGACUUUCAUUGUUAUCGAUGCAUUAGAUGAAUGCGGAGCUACCCAAGACGGCCGCGACCUUUUCCUACAAGAGAUCUUCAACCUUCAGGCGAGCUUUCAAGUCAACAUCUUCGUGACAUCACGUUAUAUCCCGGAAAUCGAGGUGCAAUUUGACAGGGCUUGCAAACUUGAAAUUCGAGCCGAUGAGACAGAUGUGCAGCAGUAUCUUCAUUUCAUGAUUCAGAAUACCCGAUUUUUGAAAUCACGAAAAGAUACUCUCCAAGUGGAGAUCAAGAACAGAAUUGCGAAGGCAGUCCACGGAAUGUUUCUUCUUGCGCGCCUCUAUAUCAAUUCCCUAGCCAGUAAGACCACAGACAAGGCUAUAAAAGAGGCGCUCCGUGAGCUGGAAACUAAGCCGGGCUCGUCCGAUGAUGAGAAAAAGUCAAAGGCACUGGAUGAUGCUUACGAGGAGAUUUUGCAACGUAUUGAAGAACAGGGGCAUGAACGCUGUCAGCUUGCCAAGCAAGUUCUUACAUGGAUCUCCUGCUCUAAAAGACGUCUCACAUGUUCCGAGCUUCAGCACGCCAUCGCUAUCGAAGAAGGCACAUCGGAGCUUGAUCCAGACAACCUUACCGAUAUUACGCUCAUGCCCUCCGUAUGUGCUGGCUUGGUCAUUAUAGACGAACGGAGUGGUGUCAUCCGCUUGAUCCAUCACACUGCUGAGGAAUAUUUCGACCGGACAUGGAAGCACUGGUUUCCGGAUGCCCAGACUGACAUGGCAGAGGCAUGCACUACUUACCUAUCAUUUGGAGCUUUUGAAUCAGGAUGCUGCCAAACGCUGACUUCUCUAGAAGAGAGAUUUAAGUUCUACGCUUUUUAUCAGUAUGCAUCGCAAAAUUGGGGACACCAUGCCAGCAAAUCCUUCAUCGAAGGAGAAAGACCGAUUUUGGACUUUCUCAGGAACGAUACCAAAGUAUCUGCUUGCGCACAGGCCAUGGAAUACAGGUCCAAGGAAUUUUUUGAUUACCAACACGGAACAAAGACAACUGGUCUGCACCUUGCAGCAUAUUUCGGGCUAUGGAAGUCAACAUCAAACUUACUUGAGUCCAAUGCUGAGGUUGAAACAAAGGAUCAUUAUGAGAGGUCACCACUUUUAUAUGCAGCCGAGAAAGGGUAUGAAAGAGUGGUGAAGCGGCUGCUGGACGGGUAUGCGAAUGUCAACUCUACGGAUAGGUUUGGCAAUUUCCCGCUCUUGUCUGCAGCGGAGAAUGGACAUGAUGCGGUUGUGAAGCUGCUACUAGAGGCGAAUGCCGAUCUUUCGUUAAGGGAUUGGUGGGGUUCGUCACCGCUCUUAUCGGCAGCAUAUAAUGGGCAUACAGCCGUGGUGAAAGUGCUGCUAGACAGUGAUGUCUAUGCUGACUCUAAGGAUAACGAAGGGACUACGCCGCUUAUAAUAGCAGCAAAUCAUGGACAUGAAGCAGUGGUGAGGAUGCUACUGGAUAAUGACGCCUUUGUUGAUUCUCGGGAUGAUAAUGGCCAAACACCACUCUCGUAUGCAGCACAGAAUGGGCACGAAGCUGUGGUGAGGUCGCUGCUGGAGAUGAAUUCCGAUGUUGAAUCUAAGGAUGAGCAUGGACGGACCCCGCUCUCGCAUGCAGCAGAGAAGGGACAUAAGACAGUGGUGAAGCUACUGCUGGAUAAUAACGCCGUUAUUGCAUCUCGGGAUAAUAAAGGUCGAACUCCCUUCUUAUACGCAGUUCACCGGAAACAUGAAGAAACAGUGGACCUUCUUCUGGAAACGACUGCCCAUCGGGAGCCUGAGUACUUGAUGACGUAUGAAGAGUUGAUAGAUAACCUGCAGAAUAUGGACGCCGAUUCCGUGUCAGAGAGAGGAGAUGGGUCACAUUUUGAGCAUUUUUUAGAAGGGGAUGCUGCCACGACUGGCCCCUUAGCUAGAGCGAUCACGCUUUAG